CGCUUCGCGCGAAUCCCGCCCCGACGUUUAGCCUAAAUAAACGAAAAGGAGGAGCCUCAGCCCUUCAGUUGAAGCAAAAGACUCGUGGUGACCACUCCGCUGCGGAAGGUAAUGUGUCGGGUUUCUGCAAGUGCAGGAGUGAUCUCACAGAGAUAGUAGCCUACACAGGACAGCACGGGACACGUACCGCUCCAGAAUUGCUUUGAAGGGCUCUUCAAAUGGCAGUUAAGAAUUGCCCCGUGAAUGAAUAAAGCUACCCAGCGAUCGAUUGAACUAAAUGAACAGAAUGCAUGGCCUAACUUUUGUAUAGAUACUAGGUCUAAGAGAAAGGUAGGAGGGAGGGAUCGAGAGAUACGUUUUAAACGACCCCUUUGGAAGUCCUCUCCCAAUUGAUAUUCCUUUUUCAUAUCGCGCCUGAUGAGUAUUGGGAUUUCGCGGUGGAUAAACACUGAAUAGCUGCAUCAGAAAAAAAGAAAGAAAGAAAAAGAUCAGACAUGGAAGAGGAACAGAAGUGGAGCGUUAGUCCACAGUCGAGCGUGGGGAGGACUUGCACCGAGCAUCCUUGCAAAAAGAGGUUUUGGAAGAACUGCAAAGACCUGUCUGGGAUAGCCGUGUGCAGCGCGUUAUCCUUGUUGUCCUUUGGAGUCUGCGUUUUGGUUUACCUGAAGACUGCGGAACUGCAGUCUAAGGUUUUUAAUCUGGAAAAGGAACGGGACACGCAACUUUCAGCGUGGCUGUCACUGGACCAGGUGGAACCCAUCCUCAUAGGUAGACUCGAUCAGAUUUUGGAAGAGAAGCUGGCCGCACGGUUACCCAAGGUUCGAGAAGCUCGAGAGGCCCCCCACAGCUGCGUCUGCCCGCCAGGUCCUCCUGGCCCUCCUGGACGAGCUGGCUUUCCGGGUGACAAAGGAACAAUGGGGAUUCCUGGAAGAAUGGGGUUAAAGGGCGACGCUGGGGAAAAGGGGGCGCCAGGCGAGCCAGGCCUGUCUAUCAUUGGCCCACGAGGACCCCCUGGACAGCCUGGAACAAGAGGAUUUCCUGGAUUCCCGGGUCCGAUUGGAUUGGACGGAAAGCCGGGCCAAAGUGGACUGAAGGGAGACCUGGGUCCACGAGGUCCGAAAGGAGUUCCAGGUGAACCAGGCCCUAAGGGGGAAAAGGGUGUUUGUGGAGAUUAUUCUCACAGGCAGAUGCUGCCCAUCACCGUACGCAACAUGCCCCCAAUAAACCAUCUAAUGCUAAAGCACCAGCUCAAGCAGGGCGAGCCCGGAUUGCAAGGUCCUCCAGGACCUCCGGGGGCUCCAGGGACCCCAGGGCCGGCCGGCACUAAUGGAUUACCGGGAAAACCUGGUGAACCUGGAAAGCCAGGAAAGGACCCAAGGAUGUUACCUGGAAUGAAGGGUGAGCCGGGCACCCCAGGGCUGAAGGGAGAUCGUGGCGAAGUUGGCCCCCUAGGUCCCCCAGGUCCUCAGGGACCAAAGGGAGAUCAGGGGUUCAAGGGUGACAAGGGGGAGCCCAGUACAGGAGGAGUUGGAAUCAAAGGGGAACCGGGCCUGCCCGGGCCUCCAGGACCGCUGGGGCCCAAGGGUGACAAAGGCGAUGCAGGUGUAACGGGGGUGACAGGACCAGAGGGGCCAGCUGGGCCAAGAGGUCCUCCUGGUCCAAUGGGCGAACCAGGGAAAUCUGAAACUAUCGACUACAAUGGCAAUUUCAAUGACAAAUUCUUGGAUAUUCACAACGUGCCUCUGAUGGGUCCCCCUGGACUACCUGGGCCUCCUGGGACACCUGGUACAAAGGGUGAAGUUGGAUUGCCAGGCCCCCCCGGUCAUGAUGGUGAAAAGGGUCCCCGCGGAAAGCCGGGAGACACGGGGCCAGCGGGUCCUCCAGGCCCCGAGGGGCCCAGAGGGGAAGGAGGCGUCACGGGCUUCCCCGGGCCGAAGGGCGACAAGGGGGACGCGGGCCCCGCUGGAUCGCCCGGAUUAGAUGGCCCUACUGGUGAAAAGGGCGUGGCGGGCCCACCUGGUCCCAUUGGAUUACCAGGCUCAAUGGGUCAAAAGGGGGAAGCAGGAGAGAAGGGUGGGAGGCCAGACAUGGUCCAUGGGCCCCCUGGGCCUCCAGGACCACUAGGACCAGCUGGCCCCGUGGGAUCUCCAGGACUUCCAGGGCCAAAGGGGGAGCCAGGUAUUGGCAUCAAGGGGGAGAAAGGAGGACUUGGACUGAAGGGAGAAAAAGGAGAUAGGGGCCAUCUUGGGCUGCCCGGGGCUCAUGGUCUAGACGGCAGGCCGGGUCCAGUGGGUCUUGUAGGACCGGUUGGGGUUCCAGGGCCAGCAGGACCAAAGGGGGAGAGGGGUAUCAAAGGUGAUACAGGAUUUCCAGGACCAAUCGGGCCACAAGGCCUCCCUGGUAUAGAAGGACCACAUGGACUGAAAGGAAACCGGGGGGAGAGGGGCAAGAAAGGCAACAGGGGGGCCAAGGGGGAUAAGGGAGACCAAGGAGCGCCUGGAUUAGAUGCACCCUGUCCGUUGGGGGAGGAUGGGUUACCUGUACCUGGCUGUUGGAAUAAAUGACUCUAAUUCUGGAGAAGCAUGAGUGAUUGUACAUAGAAUAUUUAUUUUUGUACUUUUUAUAUUGUGCUCCCUUGUUACGGAUAAUAAAAAGAAAGAAAGAAAAAAAACAACAUUUAAAAAAAAAAAAAUGCGCAGGACUUUUUGUACAGACUGUUUAUUUUUUAUUACUGGUAAUGUUUUUCUUACUGUGUAAUGGAUUUUUAUAUUCCUAUACAUUAUUUUAAUAUGUCUGUUUAAAGGAAGAACUAUGCUGUUACUGCAUUUGCAUGAUAUUUGUGCAUAAUGUGAAGGGACAUUGCCUAUUAACUUAUUGUAUCAUAGUGUUUUUUUUUUUUGGUUUGUUUCUUUUUGUUUUGUGGACCACGCUGCACUGAAUUGUGGGGCUGGAAAGAUGAAGGUUCAGUUUUUCUCUGUUAAAACCCUCGCUGAAGGACAAACGAAGGUCGACUCGGUGUCACGUUCUCCCCAAAACAUAUGGGCUGCGCUUACGAGGCGAGGGAAAAUCUUCUGUGGCGUUGGGACGUGACGCGCUCAGCUUAAGCACAGGAGACCCGCGUUUCUGCCUGCUGCCUUUAGGAAUGGCUCAUUAUGGAUGGUAGUUGAGCAGCUGAUGCCUACUUGGCGAGCUCUACCACACUAAUUCCUCACAUGUACUCUAAAGUGUGUGCACUGUAUACAGGAGGUAAUUCCUCCUGUCUCAAAUAGGAUGCCGCACAGUAGAGGUCUCUAAUGGCCUGUUUGUUUGCAUUAAAUCAGCCCAAAGUCCUUUAUUAUCAAUAGUUUUUAAAUCUGGAUUUAUUUAAGCAGUUGUGUUCUCUUUCUUGGACUGUUUUUUUUCCCUGUAAUCUGACCAAGAGGGAUUUAACAUAAGAAAAAUCUGGAGGUUAUUGUUCUUUCACCAAGACAGUAAAGUCAAUUCUCGUUAAUGCAAAUCAUAUAAGCUCUGGCUUGAUAUCUAAUCAUUUUUUAGAUACUACUCUCAUGUUGUGGUCUAAUGUAAAUACUGCGCACGUAUUGCUUUUUAACAAUCAAGCUCUCGCACUGCUAUGUUUUGCUGUUUUGUUUUGUUUUGUUUUUGAAGUAAUGUAAUGAAUUUAACCUAUUGUAACAAGAAAUCUGAACUUUUAAUAAAAAAUAAAAAUAAAAACAGGAAUUGCUGCUCACUGUCAGGCCAGCUGUGGAGACAGUUGUUUUGCUACUUUGCCGCAAAUGUACCUCAUUCACUUAUUUAAAUGUUAGAAAUAGCAGAUUUAAAAAACUAUUUAUGGACACGCUGAUCUCGUAAAAAAAAGUUCAGACUUCUUAUUCACAGCUAUUGAUACUUCCAGGGAACGGUAGUAGACAUGGUUCCUUGUGUUAAUGCUUCAGAAAAUUACUAAAUGUUUGUUGGAAUUUGUUUGAUUUGUUGUCCCUCGCUGAGAUAUUCCAGAAAUGCAGUAAUGCUGAUUGUUUUGGAAAGUUAAGCUUGCCAUCCAGUGUUUAAUUUAGCUUGUGAAAAGUGCCAUUAAUGACGAUGUCAGACUAUCACUGUGUGCUGUUUACGAGUGCUUUAAUGUCAUGUACCAUCGAGUGCCUUUACCUGCCUUGUUGUUCAUGUUUUCAGAAUCACUCUAUUAAAAUUUUACCAUGUCUGUAAAAAAA